AUGUCACCCCCGACGUACUCAUCGUCAAAUUCCAGCGGCAGCUAUCUCGAGUCGACUGCCUCGCUCCUGAGCACCGUGGCUACAUAUAUGCGCUUACCAGCCCUGGCUUCCACGGGCGUUGCCGCUGUCUUGACCUCCCUCCUCUACUUCAAGCAAAAGGCUUUGAUUUACCCUUCCCACAUCCCCUCGAACGCUCGCACUGAUGUCCCGAGACCUUCACAAUUCGGCAUCAAGGAUUUCGAGGAGCUCGUAAUACCUACCAGCGACGGCGAGAAGCUGUCGGCCUUCUACAUCCGCGGCCCGAGCGGCGGCCGCAAUUCGAAAUGCACCGUAAUAAUGUUCCAUGGGAACGCCGGCAAUAUCGGCCACCGUCUACCUAUCGCGCGCAUGCUGGUCAAUUACAUCGGCUGCAAUGUGUUCAUGCUCGAGUACCGGGGUUACGGUCUAUCAACGGGCGAACCGGAUGAGAAGGGUAUCAUGAUUGAUGCGCAGACGGCCCUCGACUACCUCCGCAACCGAGCUGAGACAAGUGCUCACAAGCUGAUGGUGUACGGACAGAGUCUUGGCGGGGCCGUCAGUAUCAAGCUGGUGGCCAAGAAUCAACACGCCGGAGAUAUCGUUGGUCUGAUCUUGGAGAACACGUUUCUCUCGAUGCGAUCCUUGAUCCCUUCGGUAAUACCGCCAGCCAAGUACUUGACAUAUUUAUGUCACCAGGUCUGGCCUAGUGAGACGCUGAUUCUCUCCAUCACCGAGGUGCCCAUCCUGUUCCUCAGCGGACUCCAAGAUGAGAUAGUCCCGCCUGCUCACAUGCGCAAGUUAUACGAACUAGCCACAACCCCGACCAAGAUCUGGAAGCCGCUUCCCGGCGGCGAUCACAACUCGAGCGUACUGGAAGAGGGCUACUUCGAAGCCAUCUUAGAUUUUGUCUCCAAUAACGCUGCAGACGAGAAGCGCGAAAAGUUAUGA